AUGACGUCAUCGUUGAGUUUGUCGUUCACUCACGUUGUAGACUCGGGAGAAUAUAGAUGUACGUGCAACAACACGGCGGGUUGGAUGGAAAAAUCUCUGCAGCUUCUUGUCAGGGAAAAACCGAAAAUUGGUUCCAUAAAAGUAAAGGGGAAAUUAGUACUUGGAAAAAAUAUAGAAUUGGCGUGUUUGGUAACAGCAGGAAAUCCUCCUCCAGUUGUCUUUUGGUUUAAAGAUGGUUCUCUGGUCACAUUGAACAGUAGCCAAAACUAUAGAGUUGUGCAAUAUACCGAUUUCAGUUUAUCGGUACGAGUGGUUUCGAAUAACGAUAGUGGUGUUUAUAGUUGUCGGAUUGAGAAUGUACUUGGAGUCGAUGUUGCUGAUGUUAAUAUCGUUAUAAUUAUACCGCCUCUUCCUCCGAUCCAACCAAUCAUAUCUCAAGUUUCGAAAACGUCAAUCAACAUCACGUGGUCUGCUGCCACGGUGACUCCUUCUACUCCAGUCACAUCAUACACUCUGCAAUACAUGCAGUACCUUUCAAAUCUCCCGCCGAAUAAAUUAUGGUGUCACGUGACAAACCUGACAUCGGGCUCUUCUUAUUGGUUGAGAGUUGCCGGUGCCAAUGAGGCGGGAAUCGGCGAAUACAGCAGUCCCAUUGUAGCUUACACAUCUGCUAAUGCACCCUCAGAGCCGCGAAAUUUAAAAGUUGAAGAGGCAAACAGCACCGCGGCAAAAUUAACCUGGGAAAUACCGGGAGAGGUGAGUUACGGGAUUCAACUAUAUCAAGUGCAAUUCUGGAUUAAAUAUCCGGCUGGUCAAAAGUACGACGUGGUUGAAGUUGUGCCAAGGUUGAGCGCCCUGCAACGAGUGACCUUGGCCAGUUUGAGGUCAUUCACAUUCUACGAGUGUAGAGUUAGAAAGAUAGGAGCAGACGAGAUAGGAAACGAUCCAAUCACAGAGGUUCUUGUGAGAUGGGCGGAGCUCAUUCGCACCACCAAUGUAGACAAUAACAACAACAACAACAGCAACAACAAAAACAGUAAUAACAAUACAAAAACCAAUUAUCUGAAUAAUUUUUGGAACACCCGCGAAAUAAAACUCACAAACAUCAGCAACUUCAUGAACGCAUAUAUAGGCAACUUGAAACCAAAUACAUUAUAUUCAAUCAGGAUAGUCUUUUCAAAUGACGCUGGCUAUAAUAGUGAUUGCCAUUCCGGCGAUGAUGAUGAUAAUGAUAAUAAUAAUAAAAAUAAUAAUAAUAAUAUAAUAGAUGCUGAUGGUGAUGAUAACAUAGGCAUUGAACUAGUGAUUAAAACAAAGCCUUCAGCACCAACUGGCGCUCCCAUAAACAUCCAGGUAUUCAACGUCACAUCAAACUCUUUCGCUACAACAUGGCAGGGAAUUGCUCUGAUCGAUAGAAAUUGUGAUGUCACAGGUCACGUGGUGCAGUGGCAAGGUCGCGAUCAGGGUCGAAGUUCAACAAUGCAGGUCGCCCUGCCACUGAUGAAUGCCAUAACAAGCCAACUCGUCCCCAACACAACGUACGUCCUGAUGAUACGAGCCUAUUGUAUUGAUGGCGGGUUUGGACCUUAUAGCAACCCUAUUCUUGUUUCGACUUUAUUGGAAGACUUGCAUCCGUAUAUGCAGUGUGGUUCUGGAUUCAGCAAAAAGGAUUUCGGGUUUAGAGUUUUUUAA